CGAAGGGGUCUUCUUGUUGCCUGUUUAUGUCAUGACCUGGAUCACAGGGGUUACAGCAAUAGCUAUCUUCAGAAAUUUGAUCAUCCACUGGCAGCUCUUUAUUCCACCUCAACCAUGGAACAGCACCAUUUUUCACAGACAGUAUCUAUACUGCAGCUGGAAGGCCACAAUAUUUUCUCUAAUUUGAACUCCAGUGAGUAUGAACAGGUCUUGGAAAUUAUCCGCAAAGCCAUUAUUGCUACAGACCUUGCUCUGUACUUUGGAAACCGAAAACAGCUGGAAGAGCUGCAACAGACAAGAUCACUGAAUCUUAAAAACCAAGCACAUAGGGAUCGCGUGAUUGGCUUGAUGAUGACAGCUUGUGACUUAUGUUCUGUGACAAAAUUAUGGCAUGUUACCAGGCUGACAGCCAGUGAUAUAUACGCAGAGUUUUGGGCUGAGGGCGAUGAAAUGAAGAAGUUAGGUAUUCAGCCUAUACCUAUGAUGGACAGAGAUAAGAAAGAUGAAGUUCCUCAAGGCCAGAUUGGGUUCUAUAAUGCGGUAGCCUUGCCAUGCUACACUACACUCACACAGAUCCUCCCUCCCACAGGACCACUACUUCGAGCAUGCAGGGAAAAUCUCAAACAAUGGGAAAAAGUGAUACGAGGGGAAGAAGCUUAUGGAUGGAUACCCUCCCAGUCCAGUAGUUCUGAACCAGACUCUAUUCCUGUGAAGAUUGAUGACUGAUCCACAUUUAUUUAAGGCUCCCACACUAUUUUUAGCCCUUUAAAAGGAUAAAUCCUGCAAAUACAAACUGGAAAGUCUGAAUGCAAAUUUCUUUUCCUUGGUGAUACAGUGUGAACACAAGGUUGAGUGAUAAUUCAACUAUCAAAGCAAAAGUUGGCUUGUAAAUAUAAGAGACUGGCUUUUUUAUAGGCUAUUUUGCUAAGGCCUUAAUUUCAAAAUGAUUGGACUGGGAGGGCUAACCUAGAGUUGCUUUUAAAUUGUGUCUUUGUGGUAAGGAGGUUUCACUGGUACUUUUACUUACUAUUACACAAUACUGUGAUUGGCUUUAAUACCAGGCUCACCUGGGGAAGUCUAGACUACAAAUAGGACAUUUCCACACUGAUAUGGUAAAUGUUUUUGUUUGAUCUUUGAGUUCCAGAAGAAAAUCUCUGGGGCAGAAACUAUCACUGAGUUUACAGUACUUGAAUUUAUCUUGCUGCAAAUGGGAGGCUUAACUUCCAGAUACUAGACUCCAAAAGUUAUUUGAUUAGCAUCACAAAGCAACUACUUUAUUGCACACAUUAGACAUUGGGAAGACUAUAUCAGUGUUUCUUUAGUGAUUUUAUAAUUUAGGGAAAGUGUCCAUUUCUACACUGGAAAUAGUAGAAUAUUUACUUCUGGUUGUAAGUAUCCUAUCAGGUACCUGAAGACAUUCUUUUCAACCCUAGUAACAGUAAUGGGUUGAAUUUCAAAUGUGGUAGCAGAAAUCUGUCAGGAAAAGCCAGUCAUUUUUUAAACAAAUAUUAAAGAUGGAUGCCUCCAAAUCCCAGCUAGUUUACAAAAAAUAGGACCUUCCAGACAUAGUCAUAAUCUCUAGAAGUCAUAAUGGUACUUACAUGUUCUUAGUAGUUUCUGUGUUGCUCACUAGUACUGGGUGGGUUCUGCCUCUCCCUUUGAAUCUCCAUUUACCAGAUAACCUUUAAAAAAUUGUCUAGUCUUGUAAACUGUUGCCUGUGGAACAAGAAAGCUGAUUUGUAAACCAUUGCACUUACAUACUGUGAAUGAAGUCUGUAUUGAUUUUGGUCCCAAUUCUGCACAUAAUUGCAUUAUAUAUUUCCGUAUGUGUUAGGCUGUACACACUUUGAAAAUGUGAGAAGGAAGGAAGGAAAGUUUUAUACCUUAAAUGAGCACAGCACCUCUGGUAUUCAUUUAAAUAGUCUUUCUUUUUCAGGUUUCCAUGUGAGUCUGAAAAAAGUUGUGGCUGCUUUAAAAGUUGCGUUAAGUUUAAGAAAUUGGCUCCUUAAAGGGGCAAUGUCUUUUUUCCCCCAGGCUCACACAAAACCCUGAAAAAAGUUAAGUUGCUUUAAUGGACACCCAAAAGAAGCUGUGCUCCUGUGAGGUCCAAAAAGCUUCUUCCAAAUCACUUUUGAAGCAUGUACAGUCCUAAUGUCUAUACCUCUUUGCAGAACUGAAUUUUACACCUAGUAGAAAUAUGUUAACCUUAAUCUAGUUUUAGAUGAUGUAUUGAUAAGCCAUGAGGUUUAAUCCUAGCAUCACUGACCUCAGUGUGAACACUUCUGUUGACUUGAAUGGAAAUCUUUUUUCUCUCUCUUUCUCUUUCUCUCUCAGUAGGAGAGCCUUCCUUCUGGACUAGGCUUCAUUCAUAUACUUGAUACAGCAUUUAAAUGAGUCUAUCAUAUGGGCCUCUUCUGCAAAAUCUGUAUAUACAAUGCAUAUACAUCACCAUUAUAUACCCCAUUCCGACAUUAUGUUCAAGAUGCAGACAUGUGCUGGAACCAUGAGCUGUCAUGCACCAUGCAACAGUGCUCCAAACAUAACUAUCAAAUGCUGAGAGAGUCAAAUGAAGAAAGUAUUGGAAAGCAAAUAGCUAACUUUAUAAACUGAGAUAUGGAUCCUAAAAUGGAUUCUGGACAAAUAAUUCUUUGUUGCUUUUCCUGCUUUUCAUGCAUAAGAUUACCAUGGCUACCUCUCUGGAAUAUAAUUGUAUUUUAGCUGGUUAAUUAUGAAUGAUAUUAUACAAGUUAUACUGUGCCAGUCCAAUGUCAUUUUAAUUAAUUAUUUUAUUGGUCAGGACCCAAAGAAUUUUGGUGUAGGUUACAAUUGAGCACAUACAAUAGAGAAGGGGAAACCUAUAUCCUUCCAGAUCGUGCUGAACAACAGCUCCUGGCUGACUAGUUGCUCAUGGUGAUGAAUGAUGAGAGUAAUGGUUUAGUAGCAUCUGGGGAAUGCUUAUUUCCAUUCCUGGAAUAUCGUUAUUCAUAAAUGUGCACUAUCUGGUUAGAAAUACAAUUGCACAAAUAUACUAGAGCUUUUGCUAUAUGUCUGAUCUGGCAGGUAUUUGAAAGAUGUAGCUUCUUGAAAACAUGCCUUCUCUGGCCUAAUCUUCAUGGUAUUCAGCUUACUCAUGUUCAUUGUUGUGUAGAUAUUACUGUAUGGCACAACCAAGGAAGUAUUAACGAAAGCAUACACCAAAUAUGAAUGAAUUUGGUUCAUCUGAAUAACUCUGUGUAUGAACACAUAAUUCACACACACAAUAUGCAGGAUAUGUGUGUAUAUGUGUAUCAUAACACAACAUAAAAAGUAGCUAGUAGAAAAGCGUUAAGGAAAAGUUUUUAAAGAAUAGCUGACUUGGGGAUGCUGGUUUGUAAUAUGAUAGAUUGGUCUGAUUUAUUCAGUGUACUGUCCUCUAGAUAUCCUAGAAGUUAUAUAGCAUGUAUAGUCACUAUUCCCAGUCAUUGCACAAGUGACUAUAUUUUAAUAGUUAUGAAAAAUGGCUGGCCAGACAUCAGAUUGCCCUUAAACAAUCAGCAGGGGUUCUUUAAAAAUAUUUGUUAUUCAGAAUGUGAACUAGCUUUAAUUUAUGACAUUGAUUAUAUCUAGCCCCUGUUAACCCCCUUUAGAUAUUUUCCAAACUUAACCAUCAAUGCUGUGAUCCAGGGUCAGUUCAUAGGACCAUAGGAUUGUAGCUUCAAUUACCUUUAAUAUUUGUUUAUUGCUCCACCUCAGUCUGCUUCAUCAGAGUUGAAAUAUAAAAGUAUGUCAAAAAUAUAAUACUGCCAGGAAUAAGUUUAUGAAUGUAUUACAUAUCUAGUGAAGUACGUAGAUCACUUUUUCUCCUGGACUUGGUUAUAUGAAAAUACAUUUGUUGUCCCAAGCCAUUUUCUGAGUUCAAAUUACAAUUUAAGAUACUUGUACAUCUUUAUUUGUUUAAUUAUCUGGAUCAUUUCAGGUAAAUGAAUGCUACAAGCUGGCAGUAAUUUAUAGGAGAAAUAUAAAAAUGUAAGUUACAAAUAUUAAUGUCUGUGUUGAAGAACAAAACAAAAUAAAUUAUUUUCUCCUGUAGAAUCUUGCACUAACCAAGCUUUGGUAGAUGUGAGAAUAAUACAUUUAAUUUCUUUUAAAAUACCAUCACAAUAUUCUUGGUAAUGAAAUUGCUUCUUUUUUCUUUCUCUGGUCUCUAGAUCAGAUCUUCUUAUAGGUUGAUACUUUCAGUAUGAAUAUAGAGAAAAUCUGUUGAACUUCUACUUUUACAUUUCUUUUAUAGAAUGAGAAAAGUUUUCUGAGAAACUACUCAUGUAUUAUUUGUCCUUAAGAUCCCAUACACAGAUUGGGAGUAGUUGUCCAACUUGUACCCUUUCCCACUCCUUGGUCAUUGUUAGAAAUAAACACCAAGACUAGUGCAAUCUUACAAGAGUUCAUCUUGAGUGGAUUUCCAAAGGUUGAGUAAAAUGUGAUAAGGUUCUAAAUAACAUAUCCAUAUUGGGCAUUUAUUUCACUGCUGCGUAUCUUGAAAUUUGCAUUAUCAAGGGUAUAGCAGCUUAAAGUAGAUCACAGAAACACUUUUGACUAUGGUACCUUUAUAUUUAUAAAGCAUUGUAAUAUGCAUAAUAUAUCAAAUAUUGCUUGGUGGAAAUUGCACUGGUGUAAUUAAGUAACUUUUAAAUGGGCAGCAAUAUUUUGUUGUAAUUAUGGUCUAGGUUGUACUCUGUAGAACUGCUAGAAGAGUACACUAGCAUAAUUUUUAAAUAAGGGAUGUAAAAUAUACAAAUCAGUUGACACAAGGCAUGCAGUGUGGAGCUCAGGGGAACAAUGAUUCUACAUAGAUUACAUAACCAGAAAUAUUUCUCUUUUCUGGGUAGUAUUAGCAUGUAUGAGUCAUUUGUUCAGCCAGUGCUGAAACUAUAAAUAAUAUGUAUGGCAUUUUCUUUUGAAAAAAUGCAGCAGGCCUGCAACAAAUCAUGCAGUUCUGAUCAUCCCGCAGAAAUUUGAAAUUAUGAUGUAAUUCCCAUGUUGUGUCAUAUGUAUCAGAUGAAUGUAUUUGUUCAAAGGACACAAAUUUCCCUUAACUGUUACUUAGAAUUUUGCAUUAUAAUUUGAUAGUCCAAUCUGACACACACACAUCACAAUAAUUUUCUUUUAAACGUUAUGCUUGCUGACCAAAAACUGUGCUCAGUUAUAAUAUGAGGGUAUACUCAGUGCAUGCAUUCAAAACAUUCAUAAUUAAUGUGUUGUAAAUUUGAUCCAUGUAUACCCAAGUUGUACUGGGAACAUACAACUUCAAGGCAACAAUAUCCACUAUAUCCAAGGAGUUGAGGAAAAGUGUGUGCGUGUGUGUGUGUGUGUGUGAAUGAUUGCUGAGAAAUCUCUUUGUAAAAAGAAAUACUCAAGUGCAAUAAUUUUAAGAGGUCUUAACUUUGCAUUUAUAAAUUAUAAAUAAUGUACCUGGUAUGUAUUUUUUCAUGUAUUCAUUUGCAGUCUUUGUAUUUUAAACAAACCCAAAUCUUUAUUAUGUUUAUAUAAUAGAGCAUACAACCAUUUAUUAUGAUCUAAGUAAACUGUAAAUAAAUUUGCAAAAAAAACCCAACAGUCAGGAUAUAUGCAUAUCUGGGGGUCCUAUUGUGAAAUUUAUUUCUGCUUUAACAGCUGGCUGUGGUGCAGCAAGGUAUCUUCUGUGGAUAUGUAAUUAUAAAUAUAUGUAC